GGGUCUGAAGUUUGAAGAUGUUUGGUGGGAUGUGUGCAUGCACACAGGAGCACGUGGAAAAUAACUUGAACAAGAUGAUGCAAUUCGACAGAAACGGAAGUGAUGAGUGUGUAUAACAAGCCCUCUCCACUACCAGUGCCUUUUGCUAUCUCUUUGUUGUCUCUUUACUGUGGACCAUGAAGCAGAAUGAACGCACCUAUGGCAACAUUACUCCAACGUCUAUGAGAGAUGAGGGUCCAGGAAGUGAAAGAAGAUGUGGUUAUUCUCUUGUGAUCUCGCUCUCUGUUCUCCUCUUCCUUUCUCUGAUGGCCAAUGCUCUUCUGACCUAUUUUUAUAUUAAACUCAGCUGGGCCUCAGACACUUUGUCUGAGCAGGCCAGGAAUUACUCAGCUGGAGGUAUGUUGAAGAUGACUCCAAUAGUAAUGUCUAUUACUACUUCUAUCAGCCCUAAUCGUAAAAUCAAGCAUGUAACAGCCUCACUUGAGCAGGUCAGAAGGUGCUCACUUGGGGAGCGUCAAAUACAGUACAAAGACAGGCUCUACGUUUUUCCUACAGAUGAAAUGAGCUGGAUUUCCAGUAGAGAGAAUUGUCAGGAAUUAGGAGGAGACCUGGUGAUCAUCAACAGUAAAGAAGAACAUAAGUUCCUUGUCGGUGCAAUGAACACAUUUAGCAAUUCGCUGCACUGGAUUGGUCUGAGAAAUGCUGAAAAGCAUCACUGGUGGCUAUGGGUAGAUAAAACACCUCUUAUGCAAAAUCUCUCGUGGUGGAGGAACACUCCAGAGCACAGCGCAUCAGAGAGAGAAGAGUGUGUGGGUUAUUACGAUGGGCAAUGGGUGGAUCUGUCCUGUUCAACAUCAGAAAGGAGGAUCUGUGAGAUCAUUUGCAUUCACUGAACUCCCUACGACUCCUGAUACAAAGUUCACAAAAACCUUUGUUUUUCACUGUCCUUUUUUUAACCAGGCAUGAUGUUAUUUGAACUGUCAUGAAAUGUAUAUAUUUACCUGAAUCUGUGUGUGUGUGUGUGUGUGU